GCCGGCACCAGGUGGCAUCGGGGCCGCACCGUGAGGAAGCAGCAGCGAUUCUUUCAGCCCUGGUAGACAGAAACGGCGUGCACGUGGUGGAUAAAGAUCCGAUUCCAGCCCCCGCUCGUGGCGAGGAGGGCCGCGACUCUGACAAGAACCCGAAGGGUCGUCUCCAACAUGCUCUCACCGUCCGGACACUCGGCGGCAGACCGCUGCUCCGUGCAGUAGUGGAGGACCAGGAAAUGUUUGGAGGAGGUGAUGCGGACCACGUGGAAGAGCAUAUUGAUGUUCGAGUUUCACCCAGAGGCCAGAAAAACGAAAGAGCUUCGAUGAGCAAUGUAAUUGCCGACCGGGACGACUACGGGGACAGGCUCACAAAUGAAACCAGCUCACGCAACGAGGAAGAGGAUCCGUACGCAGGUUCCACAGCAGCCGUUGAUGCCCUGAAACGGGAGUGCCUCGCAAAGAUCCAGGGCGACGACCGCGACGGACGACGAAGUUUGCCUGCAGAGGACCAUCAAAGCGGGACAAAAGGAGCGAAAGCCGCAUGCUUUGCGAUUGCGGAUCGGGAUGAAAAUGCCGCCGGCAGCAAGAAGUGCAGCUCGACGACGAGGACGGUAAUGCAUGAGCCGUCCACAUCAUCAUCCCGCGUUCGCUUAGUAGCAACCAGUGGUCAGGAGGUGCUGUGCGAUCAGGAUCUGGGACGAGAGAUGUUAAACUCAUCUCAUCGUCUUUUCGUGUCGCAGUCGCCUACUGUGGAGAGCGCCGAGGACGUCAUGUCUUCCGCGAAGGAGCUGGAGCUGCUCGCAGUAUACGAGCGGCUGCCGUUUCGCUUGGUGCUCCUCGAGACUGCUCACACGUUUGCUUUAGUAUCGAUCUGAAGAGGUGCAGCACAGCAGAAGCAGAUCCAGAUUCGAAUAAUUCGGAGCUUGGUAGGAAUGCAUACUCAAGCCUACUUGGCGAGGUAGAACCACCAGGAGCACGAGACAAUCCCCGCAUUUCAUCGCGCAGACUACCAGACUGCUGUUGGCUUUUUUUUUCUUUUCUUGACUUUCGUAUUGUUUAGAUUGAUCUGCACGGGCUGUGCUGCACUUUUAUCUCUCUACUCCUUCGACACCACCAGCAUAGACAGAGGGACACCAGGAUGGUCUUUGACCUUCCGACGCGGCGACCGCCUGUCGAAUUCACCAGUGACCUUGGCUUUGUCCGCAGUAAGCGAGCCUAUCGGAUUGAGCGGCUGACGUUCUCGCGUCUUCUGCAACAUGCGGGUUUUUU